CCGCUGCCGGUCAGUGGUACCAUUUCUGUCGACGUCAGUCCACCACGAGACCACAACACACAUUUGUCUUGUGUCACACAACUUGCACGUCUUUUUCACUCUGUCCAAAACUAAUUUACUUACAUAAACACUCAUAAAAAAAACCCGAAAAUACACACAUACACACACACAUAUCCAUAUAUAUAUAUUUAUAAAUAUAUAUCUAUGUAUUUAUAUAUAUCAUAUACUUAGAAGUGUAUACUUAUAUAUGUAUAUGUAUGUAUGUAUGUAUGCAUUUAUAUAUGUGAAAAAAUAUUAUUGUUGUAAUAUUAUAUAGUCUCUGAAUUCCGACACGUUGUCUGUCGGACGAAAUAUUAUUAAUCGAUCGUUGUCGGAUGAGAUCACUUGACGACAAGUCGUGCGUACUCUGAGUGGUCAAGACAUAAAAUAAAAAUAUAAUAUUAAAAAAAUAAUAAAAAAACUUGUUAUCAUCGUAAAAUUUUUAAACUUUUGCCCGUAAGACGACGACAAGACAACUGACAAAAUUUUUGCCGGUUUCGGCAUCAAAGGGGGCUUUUGACGGGCCAUCCACCAGCGCCAACGUACGUAUUCCGCACUGACAGAAUACACACGUGUUGGCACGUUUCCACGUUUUACACAUUCAUUGAGAACGUAUUUCAAAUAGAGAAUUUACGGGGCUUAUCAGGUUCUCAAACGGACUACUUAAAGAAAAAUUUGUAACUUAAGUUUUUUUAAGAAGCAUUGAAGCAUAAUGGCGGCUUUUGUGGCAAAGCAAGUGGUCGGAAACAAAUUAAACGCCGUAAAAGGGGCAGUGGGCGAUGGCGGUGAAUCGGCCGAGGACAAAGAAAAAAACGCAGAAGCGGAGAGGGAACGAUUGGAGGCAAUCAGGGAGGCCGAGGAAAGACGCAAAGAGAAACACCGCAAGAUGGAGGAAGAACGGGAGAAAAUGAGACAAGAAAUCCGAGAUAAGUACAACAUUAAGAAGAAAGAAGAAUUACCCGAACCGGUACAAGAAGAGCCCGCCAAUCCGUUGAUGCGCAAAAAGAAAACGCCCGAAGAGUUGGCCAAAGAAGCAGAAAUGGAAGAAGAGGACGAAUUUACGAAGUUGAAGAAUACCAUCGAGACACAAGUGAAUGAACUCAAAUCUCAAAUCGAGAGCAAGUGCAGUCUUCAAUAAGAUGUGUUCAAAAAUGAUGCGGAACAAAUAAUAACCUAAUAAA